UUAAGUGCUUACAUUUAGUUAAUUUCUCUUCACUUUAUGCAACAUUACAUCGCUUUUGGCUCUGGUAUGUUAAGGCAUAAUUGAUGGCAUCAUUUACUGAUUAACUGAUUAUCAGCAAUGUUAAAUUUAAUUAACUGGAUCCCUAGUUGUAUUCCCCAUACCAAUUUUAUGUUUGAUUUGUAUUUUGCAGGUAAUAAUUCAUUAAUACAGAUAACUAAAGGACACAUGCCUGGUUUCUGAAGGUAACAUGAAACAUAAAGAGAUACUAGCAGUAGAAGAACAGCACUUUGGGCCAGACCAACAAGUUGAAUAGAGAACAUUUUCAAGCAGGAUGGUUCAUCUGGCGUUAUAACAUAAGCACUGUUUAAUUCUUUCAGCAGACAAGAGACUACCAUGUCGUUUCAAAGGACCUUGUUUUGUGUUUUCUUCAUUCUCUACAUUAGUGUAGUGAUUUCCAAACCUGUGAAAGAAGGGUCUGAAUCAGAGUCUAGUGACUCCGUGUCAGACGAGGAAGCAGAGAGCUCUCUGGAGCAGACCGAGCCAGAGCAGGAGGAGCAAGAGCAGCCGGAGCCUGAGGGGCCAGAGCAGCCCCUGCCAGAGAUGCCCCAGCCAGAGCUGGAGGGGACAGAGCAGCCCCUGCCAGAGAUGCCCCAGCCAGAGCUGGAGGGGACAGAGCAGCCCCUGCCAGAGAUGCCCCAGCCAGAGCUGGAGGGGACAGAUCAGCCCCUGCCAGAGAUGCCCCAGCCAGAGCCGGUAGGGCUAGAGCUGCCCCAGCCAGAACCACCCCAGCCAGAGUUGCCCCAGCCAGAACCGCCCCAGCCUGAGCUGCCUGAGCCAGAGCUGCCCACGCCGGAGCCGGUAGCACUAGAGCAGCCCCUGCCAGAGCUGCCCCAGCCAGAGCAGCCCCAGCCGGAGCUGGCACACCCGGAGCUGUCCCAGACAGCGGUGUGCCAGCCGGAACAACUCCACCCGGAGCCGCCCGAGCAUGAGCAGCCCCAGCCAGGGCAGUGCCAUCCAGAACAGCCCCAGCCGGAGCAGCCUCAGCCUCCCCAGACAGAGCAGCACCAGCCGGAGCAGCCUCAGCCUCCCCAGACAGAGCAGCACCAGCCAGAGCAGGCAAAGCUGGAGCAGCCCACGCCGUGGCAUUGCCAUCCGGAGCAGGGGGAGCUAGAGCAGCCCCAGCCAGAGCCGCACAUGCCGGAGGAGCCCCAGCCGGAACAGCCCCAGCCAGGGCUGGGAGAGCCAGUGACCACAAACGGCCAGGAAGAUAUUGACCCCCUCUGGAGCGAAUCCCCGCUGCCUGAAUCUCGGACUGGCACUCCUCUCAGCUCACACCUGCCUGCCACUCCCUCGGCUCUGCCUGAGAUCGCAAGCCUACCGACCUCUACCGGGAUCCCCGACCUGAUGACGCCCCCACCGGAUAGUUAUCCUACACAUGACCCUUUUGGGGAAGCUGUCACUCAGAGCAUGCCAAAUACAGAUCCCAUUAAUGCGGACAAUGCAUAUGCAGUGCCCGAAGUCGCAGCCUCAAAUAGACACGCGUGUACAGAGACGGGGUCCGUCGCUGGAGACGUUGGCGCCGGAGAAGAUCCGCUACAUGUUACCAUAUUCCCCCCGGACACUGCUACACCCUUCCCACACGUUACCAUGUCAACGUCUUCGCCACACUUCCACACCCCCCAACAGCCAAUGCCAGUCUCAUGUGCCGAGGCAGCCGCAGGCAUGCCCAUCUGUUUCACUAUCCACUAUCCACCGUGCAAAACAGAAGCAGCAGAAGCAGGGCCACUCAGAGGUGACGUCUAACCGUUAGUGGGAAACAGAUGUAAAUCGUAUGUUUACUAUUGGAUUCUCCCGUUCACUUUUUAUCGCCACUGUUUUGAGUUUUAUAGUGAAAUUUGUAAGGCAAUUUUAGCUAGUGUACACAUUAUUAGCUGAAACUUGUUUUAAAUUUCAUGUUAUGGAACUGAAACCUUGUGUGAAGAAACACUGAUUCAAUUUAACAGUUUUACCGUGGUAAAAUUUAUCAAAAACUGACUUGAAUAACGAUAAAGGAAUGAGUUUGAUCCUAUGGUUUUUG